AUGCACAGCCACCAUAAAUUUCCCUUUGGUGCUCAGAAGGGCAAGAAGCAACCUGAGAUGUAUUAUGGUAUUAUUUAUGAAUAUUCAAAAAUUCUGGUCCCAAUAAAGAGAGAAGCAUCUUGGAAUAAAGGAGAUGAAAUCUGGAAUUUAGGAGAUAAGCAUGAUUUUAAAAAAGACCACAACCUUCAUGAUGAGAGGAUAGAGGGGGAAAUAAUCAAAGUUGCAGGUGACACCAAGCUGGGAGGAAUUGCUAACAUUUUGGAAGAUGGACUCAAGAUUCAGAAGGGUUUUGACAAAUUUGAGCAUUGGGUCCCAUCCAGCAAGAUGCCAUUCAGAGGUGAGACAGAUACAGAAAAAUGCACCAAGUGCCCAGAUGAUAAAUAUCCAACCAAGAACCGAGUUCAAUGUAGCCCCAAAGUUAUAACCUUCCUGUCUUAUGAAGAAGAUCUUGGCAUCAUCUUGGUCUCUUUUGCCCUACUCUUCGUUCUCACAACGGGAUUUUCUUUAAUCAUAUUCUUUAAAUACUUAGAAACCCCCAUUGUCAAAGCCAACAAUCGGAGCCUCUCCUACAUCCUUCUGGUCUCCCUCAUGUUCUGCUUCUUGUCCUCCUUUCUCUUCAUUGGUCAACCAAGGAAAGCCACAUGUCUUCUCCGACAAACAGUGUUCAGCAUCAUCUUUUCAGUAGCUGUGUCUUCUCUGUUGGCCAAAACAAUCACGGUGGUGCUGGCCUUCCUGGCCACAAAACCAGAAAACAGAGUGAGAGGGUGGUUGGGAAAGGGUUUGGCCAACUCUGUCAUCCUUUUUUGUUCUGCUGGACAAAUUACCAUCUGCUCCAUCUGGCUUGCAGUUUCUCCCCCAUUCACUGAUUCUGAUCUCCACUCCCAGCCUGGAGAGAUCGUCCUUCAGUGCAACGAAGGCUCUGUCACUAUGUUUUAUGUUGUCCUUGGAUACAUGGGUUUCCUUGCUGCCAUUUGCUUCACAGUGGCUUUUCUGGCCAGGAACCUUCCUGGUGCAUUCAAUGAAGCCAAACAUAUCACCUUCAGCAUGCUGGUCUUCUGUAGUGUCUGGGUCUCCUUCCUGCCCACCUACCUGAGCACAAAAGGAAAGUCUACGGUGGCUGUGCAAGUCUUCUCCAUCUUGGCCUCCAGUGCUGGGUUGCUGGGCUGCAUCUUCUUCCCCAAGUGCUACAUUAUCAUCAUAAGACCAGAUCUAAACACUAAGGAGCAGCUAAUGAUAAAAGUAGGGAAAUGA